AUGAUUCGUCAAAAGAAUAAUUUAGAGGAAAGAAUUACAAGACAAGCUGAAAAACACAAAAGUAAAGUAGCAGAGAAGGAAGAGAAGGCAGCAUAUAUGCAAAAAAAAUAUGAGUACAUACAAGAAAGACGUAAGGAGAUUGAGGGAAAAUCAUUGGAAGAAAAAUCAUUCUAUGAUGAGGCACAAAAUAAUAUAAGAGGAUUGGUUCAAGCUUGGGACAGAGAGAAAGCAGAAGUUGAAUCAGCUUAUAAAGGAAUGAUUGAUCAAAUUCAUAAUUUUGAACAAGAAGCUCUUCAAAUAUUACAAAAAUUUGGUAAAAUACAUUUAUUAGUAUACAAUUUGAGCUGUGAAAUACUUAUCAAGAUCAACUAUUUGACACCACUAAUAGUCGAUUCUAGAAAUAGAAUUAUUCUUGGGCUUGAAUAUUUGAUUAUCUAUAUGGUGAAAGGCUGGGCAUGGAAUGCUGAAGGAUGUGAUCCAAUGGAGAUUCAGAAUAGCGCUGUGUUGAUUAGAACAAAUCUUGAUUGCCCAGAUGGGUAUAUCUGUCAAUACACAAGAAGAAAUCCACUUGAAGUUUAUGUGGAUGUAAAUAAUUUUGGUAAAUCCUUGGACGUGCUAGUUGAGAUAAUAUAUGCAAAGCUCCUAGUACUCCAAACGAUGAAAGUUGUGAAUGAUUCAGUGGAUGGUAAAAGUAAUGUUACAAGGUGGAAAAAACAAGCAAAAUCGGAUAGGUCUAAUAUUACUACAAUACCUGAUGUCCAUCCAUCACCAAAAAGAUAA